AGAUUCCUCGGCUCGCUUGAGAGCGAGGAGGCAGCAGCUAAUCCUCCUAACGAUGAUUUUCCUCCUGCAGCAUUUCUUCCUGCUGGUCAUAGACUUACUGCUCGCCAUGACCCUUUCCUGCCUCUUUUAUGCCUUCGCGUGCAUUUCCAUUGUGUUCCUGACCUGCUGCAUUAUCAUCUUUUCCUUCAUCACCAUGGAGAGGAAUGCUGAUAUGAAAGGGAGAGCAAUCGUAAUUCUUGUGUCCAACAGUUCCAUUGGGAGGACGUUUGCAAGGAACCUGAAUAAAGCAGGUUUUGGGGUGUCUGCUGCACAAUGGCCUGCUCAAGAGAAGAGGACAGUGACAGAAGAGUGCUCGUCAAACAAGGAGGUAGCCCAGCUCCACCUGACUGAAGAUGAGUAUCAGAAGACAGUGAAAACCUUCAUAGAAAACCACUUAUCCCUGAAAGGCAUGUAUGGGAAGAUGAGGAAGCCGUCGAUCCUGAUAUGGGAUGAAGGGGCACCAGACACACAUGGGUUAUGUGAGAGAAAAACCUCCUGUGAGGGGAAGAAGGCUUUCAAGGCUCCACGCAGGAACUGCUUAUUGCAGCUCUCUACUUCACAGUCCUCUUUCACCCACUGAACUGUGUCCUGACUCUCCUGAAGAGAAGCCCACAGCUGCUUGUGCCUCUGCUGAAGUCCAAAAACUGACAGGUUUCUGGGGGCUUGUCAACAAUGCAGGAAUAUCAACAUUUGGUGAGACAGGGUGGCUGCCUAUGGAGACAUAUGAAAAAUUUGCAGAUGUGAAUCUCCUUGGGAGCAUCAGGACAACCCUGGCAUUUCUUCCCCUUCUAAGGAAAUACAAGGGACGUAUUGUUUUCAUGUCCAGCAUCAUUGCCUAUUUUACUCUGGGAAAUGGCAUUUAUUCUAUGACCAAGGCAGCUAUUGAAAAAUUUUGUGAUGCUUUAAGACUGGAAAUGAAGAAGUUUGGUGUCCAGGUCUGUAUUAUCCAGCCAGGAAAUUAUGCACCUUCUACAAAAAUUCAGCCACCAGUCAGUGCCGAACAGAUCUGGAGUGAACUCAGUGAGGAGGAAAAGGCUGUUUACAACAAGGAGUAUGUUGAAGAGCGGGCAAACUUUUUCAACAGAAUCCUCAGUGAGGGAAGCACUAAUGGCAACGAGGUUGUAGAUGCUAUGGUGGAUGCUCUAACAUCUCCUGCACCCAAGGCACGUUACAUGGUGGCGAAGCUGAAGGAAAAGGCACUGGUGUUUGUGUGCGCCUUAUUCCCAACUGUUGUGAUGGAUUCUGUUCUGUCUUAUGCUCUGAGCAAAGUAAAACUUGCAUAGCCUACAUUGGUGCUAUUCACUGACUCAUGUGAGGCAGUUUAUGAAAUGUGAAAGUCAGAGCUGAAUUUAAUGCCCCCCUGUGUCACUACAGUGACACCAAUUAACCAAUACAAACUUUGGAGAGCCUCCCUAGUCAGAACUGUCACUGAUUCCUAGGGAAAAACAUACAGGACCCUGUGUGUAAAAUUAAAUCAUUUAAGUGACUUUAUCUCUCCCCUGUGGAAAAACCCCAUCCACUUAAGCCACUUUAGUUACUACCUAGAAAAUUUAAUAUGUCUUUUUCUAAAGCAAUAGCAGGUUAUUGUGUUACAGACAUGAUGCAGACAAAAUUGAGCGCGUCCUACAGGGCAGCUGUACACCUGAAGUCAUUACAACAGAGAUGAAAACACCUUAUUGUAGAAACUGGAGUAGCCAUUUAUUUAGGGGUGCUAGGAAGAGGUUAAUGGAAAAGUCAUAGAAAUGAGCAUUAGACCUUGAAAUACUUUGAAUGGAGUUAAAUGGCUGUAGCAAGUUAGGAAGUCUUGAAGCUCUGAGCAACCUGGUUUAGUGAAAGGCAUCACUGCCCACAAAAGGCGAGGCUGGAAUUUGAUGAUCUUUAAGGUAAUUUCCAACGCAAACCAUUCUAUGAUUCUAUGAAUAAUAAAGUUGUAAUAUGGAAACAUUGUCUUGGCUAACUACAGUUCAGUCCUUUUUAAGGUGUUCUGGAUCAAUCUGAAACAAAGCCAAUAUAUCACAGACUUUGGAAAAUAAGUUACAUAUUCCAUUUAUAAAUGAGUAUUUAAUCCUAAAUAAACUCUAUCUUUUAUCUAA